GCCUCGCCCGGCGCCCCCUCCAGUCCUGCCGGAAGAUGGUCAACGACCGGUGGAAGACCGUGGGCGGCGCUUCCCAACUUGAAGACCCGCCACGCGAGAAGCCGCAGCGGCCGAGCUGCGCUUACGUGCUGUGCACCGUGCUGCUCUCACUGGCCGUGCUGCUGGCUGUGGCUGUCACAGGCGCCGUGCUCUUCCUGAACCACACACACACGCCGGGCACGGCCCCCCCACCCAUCGUCAGCACCGGGCCAGCUGGGCCCAACAGCGCCCUGGUCACCGUGGAGAGGGCCGACAGCUCGCGCCUCAGCAUCCUCAUCGACCCGCGCUGCCCUGACCUCGCCGACGGCUUCACCCGCCUGGAGGGCGCCCAAGCCUCGGUGCUACAGGCACUGACAGAGAGCCAGGCUAGGCCGCAGCUAGCGGGCGAGCAGGAGCAGGCGCUGCUGGACACGCUGGCAGACCAGCUGCCUCAGCUGCUGGCCCAGGCCUCAGAGCUGCAGGCGGAGUGCGUGGGGCUGCGGAAGGGGCAUAGCAUGCUGGGCCAGGGACUCAACGCCCUGCAGAGCGAGCAGGGCCGCCUCAUCCAGCUUCUCUCUGAGAGCCAAGGCCACAUGGCUCACCUGAUCAACUCUGUCAGCGAUGUCCUGGACGCCCUGCAGAGCGACCGGGGGCUGGGCCGACCCCGAGUCAAGGCCGAUCUUCAGAGGGCGCCUGCCAGGGGAGCUCGGCCCCGGGGCUGUGCCAAUGGCUCUCGACCCCGCGACUGUCUGGAUGUCCUCCUGAGCGGACAGCAGGAGGAUGGCAUCUACUCGGUCUUCCCCACCCACUAUCCUGCCGGCUUCCAGGUCUACUGCGACAUGAGCACUGACGGCGGCGGCUGGACGGUGUUUCAGCGCCGGGAGGAUGGCUCCGUGAACUUCUUCCGAGGCUGGGAGGCGUACCGGGAAGGCUUCGGCAAGCUCACGGGGGAGCACUGGUUGGGGCUCAAGAGGAUCCAUGCUCUGACCACCCAGGCUGCCUAUGAGCUGCACGUGGACCUGGAGGACUUUGACAACGGCACAGCCUAUGCCCGCUAUGGGAGCUUUGGCGUGGGCUUGUUCUCUGUGGACCCCGAGGAAGAUGGGUACCCACUCACUGUGGCCGACUACUCAGGUACUGCAGGUGACUCCCUCUUGAAGCACAGCGGCAUGAGGUUCACCACCAAGGACCGCGACAGUGACCACUCGGAGAACAACUGCGCUGCCUUCUACCGUGGCGCCUGGUGGUACCGCAACUGCCACACGUCCAACCUCAACGGGCAGUACCUGCGAGGCGCCCACGCCUCCUACGCUGAUGGCGUCGAGUGGUCCUCCUGGACCGGCUGGCAGUACUCUCUCAAGUUCUCUGAGAUGAAGAUCCGGCCGGUCCGGGAGGACAGCUAGACCGG